AUGAGUAGAGCGCAGGAGAUCAAGGAGAAACUGGCGUUGCAAGCCGCCAUUCAGAAAAGCUUUCAACAGGACUCUACAAAAGUGCUGAGUUGGCUUACCCCUGAGGGUAAUAAAGAGUCGGGGAGUGGUCUUGGUGAAACGGAACUUAAUGAGAGCAAGAAAGACUUCUUCCAAUUACCUGUUGUCCAAGUCGGUUCUGGGCUUUCUUUUCAAAUGGAGAGCAACAAUGCAACUACUGAUAGCACAGACAUACACACUAUCGGAGAGUUUAUCAAGAGUGAUAAGAAAGUCUCUUCUUUGGCAAAGAAGAAGAAGAAGAGAGAAGAGGCAGUUCAUGAAGCUAGAGAUAGCAUACACAGAAUAUCGAAGGAUGAUACAAAGGCUAUGAUUGCAUUGAAAAACAAGAUGAGGAAGACAAACAGAGAAAAUAUAAGAAAGAAAAUUAGCACGGACUCCAGACAAAAUGAUAGCGAUUCUGAUGAUGAACCAAAAGUAGAAAUAACCAAGAAAAAAACCAUUGGUUUGUUAUUCACUGGUAAGAAGAAGAAAUGA